GCGCGCCCUCGCGCUGCUGGGCCCCGCCGUUAACCUCCGUGCGGCGGCUCCUCGGGCCCCCCUCCAGGUCUAGACCUGUUUGGCUGAGCUGGAAUAAGAAGAAGAGCCCUGUGUGAGCUAGGAGCUGCCCUGGGAAGAGGACGGACAGGGGAUUGGAAGCUUCACCUGAUUCAGGAUUACCUUAUAACUGUGUUUUAGACCCAAUGGCUAAAAGGAAAGAAGAACAUUUUCUGCCCACUGGGACCCAGAAAAAACAGAGGAAUGAGCAGGAGAGGAAAUCUGCAGAGGACAGCAAGGAAGAGGAGGAGCUUUCCCUGUCUUUGUCCCCUGGGAAUUCGGCUGCUCAGACAAUGUCAGCCGAAGUCGGGAUCAUCGAGAGCAUCCAGCUGAAGAAUUUCAUGUGCCAUGCGAUGCUCGGGCCUUUUAAGUUCGGAUCCAACGUCAACUUUGUGGUGGGAAACAACGGAAGCGGUAAGAGCGCAGUCCUGACGGCUCUCAUCGUUGGUCUUGGAGGAAAAGCAACAGCCACCAAUAGAGGCUCCUCUUUGAAAGGCUUUGUGAAAGAUGGCCAGAGUUCUGCGGACGUCUCGAUAACGCUGAGGAACCGAGGGGAUGACGCUUUCAAGCCAGACGUGUACGGGGACACGAUAACCGUGCACCAGCACAUCAGUGUGGAAGGCAGCCGCAGCUACAAGCUGAAAGGCCAGAUGGGAAACCUGGUUUCUGCCAAGAAAGAAGAGCUCACGGCGAUUCUCGAUCAUUUUAACAUCCAGGUGGAUAAUCCUGUCUCUGUUUUAACCCAAGAGAUGAGCAAGCAGUUCUUGCAGUCCAAAAAUGAAGGUGACAAAUACAAGUUCUUUAUGAAAGCGACCCAGCUGGAGCAGAUGAAAGAGGAUUACUCCUAUAUCAUGGACACCAAAGCCAGAACCUGGGACCAGAUAGAGCAAGGGGAAGAGCGGCUCCACGAGCUCCGGCGUCAGUGCCUAGAGAAAGAAGAGCGCUUUCAGAGCAUCGCCGACCUGAGCGUAUUGAGGAAGAAGCUGGAGGAUCUGAAACACGAGAUGGCUUGGGCCCUGGUGGGCGAGUACGAAAAGGAAAUCGAAGAAAUGAGGAGCAGUGUGAGUGUUGAAGAGCAGCAUAUUCUGCGAUUGACCCAGAAGCUGGAGUACUGGCAGGCCAAAGUCAACGUAGCUGAGGAGAAGUUUAAGGCGAUUCAGGAUAACUUGGAAAAGAUCAGUGACGAGGCCAUCGCCCUGGAGCCUAAGUGCAUUGAAGCCAAGGAAGAUCUGAUCAGGAAGAAGAAGGCUUACAAUGAUGCCGAGGUAUUACAUAAUCGCUGCCGUAAUGAAUUUAGAGGCCUGGAGAGGGACGGGGAGCAGCUGAGGAGCCGGAUUGAGGAGCUGAAGAGGAGCGCUGAUCAGAGCUUGGAGCCAGCAAGGCAGGAAAGACAGAGAAAGAUCACCGCAUUGAAUGAAAUGAUCAAGAGCUAUCAGGAUCAGGAAGAUUUACUGGGACGGGAGAUGGAGUGUUUCCAGCAAGCCAUAGAGAAAGACAAAGAGGAACGUUACAGAGUCAUGCGAGAAGAGGCGGACGUGAAGCAGAUGCUGAGCACCAAGCAGAAGCACCUGCACCACCUGAAGGAGACCAGGACCAAUCGGCUGAAGCAGUUCGGCUCCCAGGUGCCGGCCCUUCUGCAAGCCAUCGACGAGGCCCACAGGAAGGGGCAGUUCACCCGCAAGCCCGUGGGCCCGCUAGGCGCCUGCAUCCGCCUGCGGGACCCCGAGCUCGCCUUGGCCAUCGAGUGCUGUUUAAAGGGCCUCAUUUUUGCCUUUUGUUGUCACAACUAUAAAGACGAGCGCGUCCUCCAGGGGCUCAUGAAGAAUCUCUAUCCUCCGGCGUCUUCCCGCCCUCAGAUCAUCGUCUCUGAGUUUCGCAAUGAGGUGUACGACGUCACGCGCAGAGCGGCUUAUCACCCGGAGUUUCCCACAGUGCUCACGGCUUUAGAAAUAGACAAUGCAGUCGUGGCCAAUAGCUUGAUUGACAUGAGGAGAAUAGAGACCGUGCUGCUAAUUAAAAGCAGCCCAGUGGCACGUGCUGUGAUGCAGUCUCAGAAACCCCCCAAGAACUGCAACGAAGCUUUCACCGCAGAAGGUGACCAAGUGUUUGAACGGCGCUAUUACUCAUCGGAAAGAACGAGGCCUCGCUAUCUGACUGGGGAUGUCGAGAAAGAAAUAAGCCAUUUGGAGAAAGAGGUGGAGAACAGAAUGGCGCAGCUGGCUGCGUUCCAGCAGCAUUUGCGCUCCCUGGAGAGUGACCUCCAGAGGAAUCAGGAACUGGUCACCAGCCAUCACCGGGAUCUGAAAGAGCUCAGGAUUAAAGUAAGAAAAAUCAUUGUAGAAAUAAAAGAUCUUGAGAACGAAGAAGAAAACCAGUCUGUGGACAUCUCGACCUUGGAGGAGGAAGAUGAGGAGAUUAGAAAGCGAAUGAAGGAAGUGGAGGAGGAGAUGAAGGUUCGAAAGGAAGAAAUGGAGAAUUUAAGAGAGCAGAAAACGGAUGCCGAGCAGACGUACGAAGACUUCAAAUUGAAAAUCCAUCAGGUUUCUGAAUCAGCGGAGCCCGUGAAGGAAGAGCUGGAUCAGGCCUAUGCAGAGGUGGACACCCAGAGACGGUCGCUGCACCAUUAUGAGGAGAGGCUCAAGCAGCACAUGGACGCUCUGCAGGCGAAGAAACAGGAGCUGGCCCAGACGGAGAGGGAGCUUGAGGAGAAAACUGCUCUGGCCAAAAAGAUCUGCCCCGAGCGAAUGGAAGUGAAGAAAACUGCCUCCGUUCUUGACAGAGAAAUUACCCGGCUGAGGCACAAGAUCCAGACGGAAAGCGACAGUCAUGGGGACAGGGAGGAAAUCAUCAGGCAGUACAAGGAGGCCAAAGAGACCUACCAGGACCUCGACGGCAAAGUCAAGAGCUUGAAAAAGUUCAUUAAGUUACUGAAUGAAAUCAUGACCCAGAGAUACAAGACCUACCAGCAGUUCCGAAGGUGUCUUACCUUGCGGUGCAAACUGUAUUUUGACAACCUGCUCUCCCAGCGGGCCUACUCUGGCAAGAUGCUCUUUGACCACAAGAAUGAGACCCUGGCCAUCACAGUCCAGCCUGGAGAGGGGAGCCAAGCUGCUUUCAGCGACAUGCGAUCGUUGUCUGGAGGGGAGCGCUCGUUUUCCACCGUUUGCUUCAUCCUUUCCUUGUGGUCCAUCGCAGAGUCUCCCUUCCGCUGCCUGGACGAGUUCGACGUCUACAUGGACAUGGUCAACAGAAGAAUCGCCAUGGACAUGAUCCUCAAGAUGGCCGUUUCCCAAUGCUACCGCCAGUUCAUCCUGCUCACCCCACAGAACAUGAGCUCUCUUCCCUCAAGUAGACUGAUUAGAAUACUCCGAAUGCGAGACCCAGAGAGAGGCCAGAAAGGUCAGAGAGCCCUGCCUUUCCGGCCGGCCAACAGAAACCAGGAGGAAGAAUGAAUCUGAUGUCUCGCCAGCGUGAUCAUUGUUGUCUUCUCAAAGUGUCUGCGGUGUCGCGUGUGAAGCUGUACUACCUUAAAGAAGAAUAUUUGAGAAUUUAAAAUGGUUCAGAAAUUAGAGAAGCCUCAUUGUUCCCCCCGUAGUAGAAUGUGUGUCUCAGCCUUGAUAUGUAUAUAAAGAGAACCAGAAUUCCAUUUCCUCCAGUGUGUGGCUUUGAGAAAAUGCAGUGUUCUAGACCAUCCCCCUCUCUCUUAGGAACGUCGUGUAGACGUGCCUGCAUGUAUGUUUGCUUUGGAUUUAUGUUCACUUUGAUUUUGCAUAUUUCCAAUAAAUGUUUCAGAGUA